AUGCCGAUCCUCGUCCCAUGCAUUGUCAAAGACUGGCCCGUGCGCAAAAUUCCUGGUGAUGUCAACGUUGACAUCCACCGAGCCAGUUACCCCAUCAGACCUCACAACUUGAAGCAUGAGCACGCAAAUACCUGUCAGACUGAUGCGAUCAGUACAGCGGCGCGGAUUGCAAUGGCAAAGGCCGCUUGGGGGUUGUGUAUCGCGCAUACCGGCUCACAACACACACAUUCCACCGUCGAUGAAACAGAAGUCUCCCACUUCAAUGCGUUGGCGUCGAGUUGGUGGGAUCCGCAUGGUCCUUCGAGAUUGCUACAUCUCAUGAAUCCACUGAGGCAUGAGUUUAUUGCUCGGUGUCGGGCCGCUGGUGGUGGUGAUGGAGGAAGAGGAGGAGAAGCUCAAACACAAGGGCCAGGAAAAGGAGAUACUCAAAGUCCAAAACUACGCUACCUAGACAUUGGCUGCGGCGGCGGUAUCUUCGCCGAAAGCGCAGCACGCCUCCCAACUACCUCCUCUGUCCUAGCCAUCGACCCUACACCAGGCGUCCUCGCAAUCGCCUCAGCCCACAAACGCCGCGAUCCAACUCUCAUGCAACCGGGUCGCCUUACCUACCUCAACACUUCCAUCGAGGAUCUCACUCCACCGGGCACCUCCACCUCCCCAUCCUUCGACAUCGUCACCCUCUUCGAAGUCCUCGAACACGUACACGCCCCCGGACCCUUUCUCUCACACGUCUUACCGCACGUCAAGCCGGGGGGCUGGCUCGUGCUCAGCACGAUUGCGCGCACGUGGACCAGCUGGCUGGUGACGAAUGUGUUGGCCGAAGAUGUGCUGGGCGUGGUGCCCAAGGGUACGCAUGAGUGGGCCAAGUAUGUGAAUGAGGCGGAGCUGAGGGACUGGUUUGCAGGGCAGCAGGGGUGGGGAGACGUCAGGGUUAUGGGCGUCGUGUAUGUGCCGGGCGUGGGGUGGAGGGAGGUACAGGGGGGAGAGGCGUGGGGGAAUUAUUUUUUGGGCGUUAGGAGGGUGGCGUGA